AUGUACCCAACAUUUGCUACCAGUAUUCUCAACAAAAUCUACCGUUCCAUUGAUGGCGGGAACGAGAAAUGCCACGAAUUGAAGUUUUACAAUGAUAGAGUCAUCAAGAAACAAAGUCAUGGCAGUAGUGUCAUGGACGAAGACAUGGCGAGCCUCUGCCGAGCAUGUCUCCUCGAGACCGAGAAAUUGAGAACUUUUUGUUUCACCGCAAAGAGGCCAAAGCCAGUGAAGACUACUCAUGUUUCGAAGAAAAUGGGGAAUUUGAAUAAUGAAGAUGGUAAUGGAAAUUCCAAGAAGACGAAGAACUCAAGCUCAUCAUCAACUAGAGGUUACGGGGAUGCACGUGUGGAGAGAAAAGCAAAGUCCACUCAGGCAUCUACGUGUUCAUGGCCAUCUUCAUAUUUCAGGUUAUGUUUAUCUAGAACCUCAAUGAAUUCGAAGGGGAAACCCAACAAUGGUGUGAAAAAGACUGUAACAUUCAAUCCGGUGAGCGUGAUCGUGGAUGAAAAUGGUCGUCCUUGCGGCUAUAAAUGCAUAUAUGGAAAUAGUCCUGGCAAGUAUGGGAUGGAAGAGCUAAACCGCUGGCAAGUUCUUGUGGAAAAGAGUAGGAAAAUUGAAGAGGCAGCGGCCGCGAGAGAGAUUUUGAAAAGGUAUGCAAAGAAUGCUAUGGUGCUCAGAAAUGAAAAUGCUAGUGGCAAUGAAGACGACUAUGACGAUGUGGCUAGUGAUUCAAGCUCGGAUUUGUUCGAGGUUGAUCACUUGGCAUUUACUAGGAAUAACAAUAGUAGAUUUUGUGAGGAAUUUCCAGUUUAUGGUACUGGCUUGAUUCGUUAG